UGUAGAAUUCUUUAAACUGGACAUAAAUCAUUAGAGGAUAGGACGAAGCCCAUAUAUUGUUUCAGUUGAACAUUAACGUUUUAAACAAUCAUCUUCGAUUAUAAAUACAAAUAACAUUUCAACUUUAACUUCUGACUAUUCCUGAUCGAACGAAGUUUUAGACGUUGUAGAAGCCCUACACACUACAAGUAUAGAAGAAUGGAAGAUAGCUUUAGAUCGCGUCUGCAGUCUGUGUUAGAACGAACCGGUGAAGCUGCAUCAGAAUCAACAAAUACUUGGUUCGAGCGUGUCAGAAACUCACUCCCGUGGACGAACGAUUAUGCUGAAGUACCGACUAACGCAAAUGGUAACUCAUAUUUUCAGAGCGGUGACUUCAGUUUGUCACGUUGGGAGAGAUAUAUGUUGUUCGGACUUUGUUUGCUAGGUAGCUUUGCAUGUUAUGCAAUUGCUUGCUUCAUGUUUCCCGUGCUUAUACUGAAACCAAGAAAAUUUGUUUUAUUAUUAACUAUGGGCAGUUUGUUAGCUGUUCUUGGCUUUGCAAUCAUUAUUGGUUUCAAAACUCACUUUGAACAAUUAAUUACUAGGGAACGUCUACCGAUUACCUUUGGGUAUUUUGCAAGUUUACUUGCAACUGUUCUAUCAACCAUUUACAUAAAGUCGACAAUUUUAAGUAUUGUUUUUGGAGCAAUUCAUAUCAUACUGUUUCUGGCGUACUUGAUUGCUUUCUUUCCCUUUGGUACAAGAACGGUUUCGUUCGGAGCAAGGAUGGCCUCACGGUCUAUGUCCAACUGGUUACCUUAAAAAAACAUUUGUGUUUCAAGUUUGGCGUAAUUAUUUGCAUACAUUCUUUUACUUAUAAUGACUACUUUGCUUUCUAUCGUGUUUAUUGAGACCAGAGAAGCUAUGAGAUUUACAAAAACAGAAGAAAUUCUCCAAAUAGCAUCUAAUCUUAUAAAUUUAUAAUAUUUUUUCUUCUUUUUUAUUUUAGAAAAUAAAACUGUCUUG